AUGGAGUGUUAACCCCUCGCAGUGCUCGCCGCUCUGUGGCUGAAGGUGAAGCUAGGCAGCUUUGCGAGUUGUUUGUCUGAGGCCAAAAUGUCCACCAGCAGACUGUUAACCAUGCAGGCUCAGACAUGUGGGCGCCUGGCUCACAAAUACCUCUCCAGAUCCUACACAUCACGGCCUUCGCUUAAUGAAGUCGUCAUUGUCAGCGCAGUGCGAACCCCGAUGGGCUCCUUCAGAGGCAGCCUGGCAGCGGUUCCGGCCACCAAGCUGGGCUCUGUUGCUAUCAAAGGAGCCAUAGACAAAGCAGGAAUAGCUCCUGAAGAGGUGAAGGAGGUUUACAUGGGCAACGUGCUACAGGCGGGAGAGGGUCAGGCUCCGACACGACAGGCCCUUCUCGGAGCAGGUUUAACUCUUGGGACUCCAGCAACAACCAUCAACAAGGUGUGUGCUUCUGGGAUGAAGUCCAUCAUGAUGGCAGCACAGAGUCUGAUGUGUGGACACCAGGAUGUGAUGGUGGCAGGAGGCAUGGAGAGCAUGUCCAAUGUCCCCUACGUGAUGGCCAGAGAGGCGCCGCCCUACGGAGGAGUGAGGAUGGAGGACCUCAUUGUCAAGGACGGUCUCACUGACGUCUACAACAAAUUCCACAUGGGCAACUGCGCAGAGAACACGGCGAAGAACUGCAAGAUCAGCAGAGAGGAGCAGGACACCUAUGCCAUCAGCUCCUAUAGCCGCAGCAAGGCAGCGCAUGAGUCUGGUGUGCUGGCAAAGGAGAUCGUUCCAGUUAGCAUUCCACAGAGAGGCAAACCAGAUGUGGUGGUGUCAGAGGACGAGGAGUGGAGGAGGGUGGACUUCAGCAAAGUUCCCAAACUGAAGGCAGUGUUCCAGAAAGAGAACGGCACAGUGACAGCAGCCAACGCCAGCACAUUGAACGACGGCGCAGCUGCUCUGGUUUUGAUGACAGCAGAUGCUGCUAAGAGACUCAACGUCACUCCACUGGCCAGGAUAGUCUCUUUCGCUGAUGCAGCAGUCGCACCUAUUGAUUUCCCCAUCGCUCCAGCUUACGCUGUACCAAAGGUGCUGGAUGCGGCGGGACUAAAGAAGGACGACAUCGACAUGUGGGAGAUCAACGAAGCCUUCAGUGUAGUUGUUCUGGCCAACGUCAAAAUGCUCAAUAUCGACCCGGCAAAAGUCAAUGUCAAUGGAGGAGCUGUGUCUUUGGGUCACCCCAUUGGGAUGUCUGGGGCGAGAAUUGUGGGUCACAUGGUGCACAACCUGAGGUCUGGUCAGUACGGCCUUGCGGGGAUCUGCAACGGAGGAGGCGGAGCGUCUUCUAUCCUCAUCCAGAAGUUGUAGGAAGAGCUGAGAGAAGAUAUCUAUUUUCCUGAUGUUACACUGUGCGGUGACUGUUUCCAAAUGGUUGGGACAUCAGAAUGACUGGAAAGGAUGUAUUUGUUACAACUUUAGCGUCAGAGGCCUUAAUCAAACAAUAUGUAGGACUCUCUUCUCGUUAUGACUCCAGUGUUCCAAACACUCCUCUGUUGGAUAGAACGUCCUGAGUGAUUAAUAUUUAACUGAAAUGAUGUGAUUAAAUUUUCUUUUUUUUCAAACUG